CAAACACUUCUUCAGAGUUACCAUUCAUUCACACCAUCCGAUUCGUUGGACCAAUCAAUCCACGCAAACACACCGCGAGACAAGACAUCCGACACAAUGACAGCCACUCAGAGCAACGAGAAGUCGUUCAAAGACAAGGAGAAGCCAUCGCAGAUCAGAUCCAGUAAUAUGAUCGCCGCGAAGGCGGUGUCCGACUCCAUCAGGACAUCGCUCGGCCCCAAAGGGAUGGACAAAAUGAUUCAGUCGGCCAACGGGGACGUGACCAUCACCAACGAUGGCGCCACCAUUUUGAAACAGAUGCAAGUGACACAUCCGGCCGCCAAAAUGCUGGUCGAGUUGUCCAAAGCGCAGGACAUCGAGGCGGGCGACGGCACCACCACUGUUGUGGUGAUCGCCGGCUCACUGCUGGACGCGUCCCAGAAGUUGUUAUUGAAAGGCCUGCACCCGACCCGCAUAUCCGACGCUUUCCAGUCGGCGGCCAAAGCCUGCGCCGAUAUACUCGAGUCGAUGGCCAUUCCCGUCGACAUGAAGGACACGGAAGCGUUGACACGAGUGGCGUCGACCUCAUUGAACAGCAAAGUAGUGACACAACACUCGCCACUAUUGGCGCCGAUUGCGGUCAAUGCGGUGCUCAAAGUUCGCGAUCAGAAUUACGUGGAUUUGCGGGACAUUAAGAUCAUCAAGAAGUUGGGCGGAACUCUGGACGACACGGCGACCAUCGACGGCCUGGUUCUGCCGCAGCGGUUCGCCAACGACUUCGGCGCCAAGAAGGUGGAGAAGGCCCGCAUCGGACUGAUCCAGUUCUGCGUCUCACCGCCGAAGACCGAUAUGGAUAAUCAGGUGAUUGUCUCGGACUACACGCAAAUGGAUCGGAUUCUGCGCGAAGAACGCGCUUAUAUACUGAAUAUCGUGAAGCAGAUGAAGAAAGCGGGAUGUAAUGUACUGCUGAUCCAGAAGUCGAUUCUUCGGGACGCGCUCAACGACUUGGCGCUGCACUUCUUGGCCAAAGCGAAGAUCGCUGUCAUCCGCGACGUCGAGCGCGAAGACAUUGAGUUCGUGUGCAAGUCGUUGGGCUGUCGACCGAUCGCAUCGCUCGAUCACUUCACGGCAGACGCGCUGUCGAGCGCCGAACUCGUCGAAGAGAUUCCCGGCGCUAAGUUCGUGAAGAUAUCGGGCAUUACGGGUCCGGCGGCUAACAAGACGGUCAAUAUAUUGAUCCGCGGCUCCAAUAAGUUGAUUCUGGAAGAGGCCGAGCGCUCACUACACGACGCCCUGUGUGUCAUCAGGUGUCUGGUGUUGAAACCGGCGCUCAUUGCCGGCGGCGGCUCUCCUGAGAUCGAGCUUUCCCUACGGCUGAGCGAAUUGAGCCGAUCUCUGGUCGGUUUGGAUGCCGUGUGUUAUCGCGCGUUCGCCGAAGCCCUGGAAGUGGUGCCCUUCACUCUGGCCGAGAACGCGGGCCUAAACCCCAUCUCUACGGUCACCGAAUUGAGGCAAAAGCACGCGAACGGCGAGAAGAAUACUGGUAUUAACGUACGGCUCGGGAUGGUUACCAACAUGUUGGACGAGAAUGUGGUGCAACCCUUGCAGGUGACCCUCUCGGCCAUCACUCUGGCCUCAGAGACCGUUAGAUCCAUACUGAAGAUCGACGAUAUCAUCUCAACUGUGCGUUAA